ACACGGUUGCUAACCGAGCCGUGCGCUUCAUUCUGCUGCCUUAUUGGUUCAGCUCCCGCUCAGGGAGCGUCCUAUCAUGUCUCGCAUUUACCUUUGUUUCCCAUGGUUCCUCCUUUCGUGGCAACCGUGGUGGCUUCUGGUCCAGGUAGCUCAGGCUUCGGACUGGGUCCUGGACCAUGUCCCCUUGACCUCCGACCCCCGAGGUCUCACCGAACCCUGGCUUUCCCACUCCUCGGAACGCUCGCCGGAACUGCCCCCGGUGCUUCCACCCGGGGCCGAGCCAGGGGGCUUUGAUUACUUGCCGGCCUUCCCUCCAGACCAGAUGUUCGCGCCGCCCAAUCCGGCGUUAACCGAGACUUUGGUUCCAGACCCGGCCUGGGAUUCGGUUGGUGAGUUGCCCGCAGGGCCAGAUCACUUUUCUGUGGAACCUCAGGAUCUGAAUGCCGGGCUAACCCCGCAUCCAAAUCUGCCAGAGGUUCCUCAAGUGCUGGGUUGGGGUCAGAAUCAGGACUUAGUUCUGCCUCUACUCAAAAGUAAGACUGAAGGGAUAGAUCCAGAUCAGGCUGAAGAUCACCAGUUAUUUGAAAUACUUGUUCCGCCUCUAGGCAGUAAGAGUUCAAAGCCAACAAGACUUAUUGUUUCACCCACCAACUUGAAAAAAGAUCUGCUUCGGCAUCGACAGCUUGCCAAAGUUGUUGUCGGCAACAGGGGCCAAUCUGAAAAAAGUCAGCAACUAGAAGAGUUGGAGGAUAAUUUCUUAGAUCCCAGUACGAACGUGUUUUAUCCUGAGGAUAACCUCCCUACAGCUUCUGUAGAGAGCCAAGCUCAACCUCCUGAGCCCACUGAGGAGGUUGAAUCCUCAGCCCAGAAAGAGGCCCCUGCUCAGCAUCCACAGGCCCCCGAGGAGUUUGACUCUUUUUCACUCCAGGCAGAGGCCCAGGCUCAGCAUCCACAGCCCACCGAGGAGGUAGAAUCCCCUCUGCUUGAGCAGGAGGCUCUCUUUCAGCCUUCAGAGGCUCCUGAGGAAGUGGAGGAGGCCCUAGCGGAGCCUUCAGAGACAAUGAAGGAGGCUGGAGUUCAACCGUCAGUACAUUUUAGGGUAAAUGAAACUCAGCAGUCGGACUUGCACAGCAUCACUGGUACACCUCUGGAUCUGGCCCUUACCAUAACCCCAGAGGUCACUAAAGAGUUUGAACCUGCUCCAGUCCAGCAGGAGGCCUUAUCUCAGCCUCCAGUCCUGGAGUCCCCAUCGCAGCCUCCAGAGCGCCCUGAGGAGGUUGAACCUUCUCCAAUCCAGCUAGCGUCCCCAGCUCAUGCUCCAGGGUUCCCUACCCAGGAUGUACUUGAAAAGCCAGCAAGUGAAGAGCCAGGAGCUCCGCAUCAUCCGCCUCAUCCCGUUCAUUCACUCUUGCCCAAUGUGACCCUUCAGCCUCUAGAUUUGGGGCUUACGAUUACUCCAGAGCCUACUAAGGAAACUGAGUCUACUCCAGUCCAGCAGGAGGCCCUGGCUCCGCCUGUUGAGCAUCCUGAGGAGGUGGAACUUUCUCCAAUCCAGCAGGAGACCUCAGAGAAGCCUCCAGAGCCUCCUGAGGAGGUUGAGCCUUUGAGUGAGCCGGAGCAACCAGCUCCGCCUUCUGAGCUUCCUGGGGAAGAUGAACACUUUCCAACCCAGCAGGAGAGCCCAGCUCAGCUUUCAGAGUCCUUGGAACAAGCUGAAACAUCUCCAACUGAGGAAGAGACCCCAGCUCUCUCUGCAGAGGAGGUAGAACCUUCUGCAGCCCUGCAGGAGCAACCAGCUCAGCCUCCAGAGCCAGCUUCUGGGGAGGCGGAAUCUCCUCCACCUCAACAGGAACAGCCAGCUCAACCUGUGGAGCAUCACGAAGUGACAGUCUCACCUCCAAGUCACCAUCACGCUCAGCAUUCAAACUUACCCAGUGUCACUGCCAAUCCUGUGGAUCCGGCACUUGUCUUAACUCUAGAGCCCAUUAAGGAGGUUGAAACCUCUCCCGUGCAGCAGGAGGCCCCUGCUCAGACUCUAGAUCCCCCUGGGGGAGUGGAGCUUCCUUUAGUCCAGGAGGAGGCUCCAGCUCAGUCUCCAGUUCCCCUGGGGGAGCCAGCUGUAUCUCCUGAGCCCCCUAAGGAGGUAGAACCUUCUCCCACGCAGCAGGAGCUUCAGGCUCAGCCGUCAGAGCCUCCUGAGAAGGCGGAGCCAUUUUUAGUCCCUCAAGGGACCCUUCCUGAGGUUCUGCAGUCCCAUGAGGAUGUAGAAUCUCCCACCCAGCAGGAAACUUUGGAGCCCCUUGAAGAGGCGGAACCUUCUCCAGCCCAGCAGGAGGCCCAGUCUCAGCCUCCAGAGCCACCUAAGGAGGUUGAGGCACAAACUCCAGUGCAUCCUGAGAUGACAGUUCCGACACUAGGACAGGAUCAAGCUCAGCCGAGUGUCACAGUUAAACCUCCAGAAGCUAUUGCAGCAGACGGUAGCACCCUGCAGCAGACGACAGCUCCUCCAACAUACCUUGAGGCAACACUUCCCCGUCCAGAGCAGCUUCAGGCUCAGCAUCCAUACCUGACUGAAUUCACAGUUCAACCUUUGGACCUGGAACUUACCAUAAGGGCAGAACCCACUAAGGAGGAUGAACCUUCUGCAGCGAUGCAAGAGACCCCAGCUCAGAGUCUGGAGCCACCUAAAGAGGUUGUAGCCCAGCCCACAUUGUAUCAGUCAGUGACAAAUGCAGCUCCAGGUCCGGAUCAAGCUCUGGAUCCAACGUCGUCCAAAAUCCCAGUUCAGCCUUUUGACGUGGUGCUUACUGUAACUCCAGAACCUACUACAGAGGUUGAACACUCUACAACUCCCCCUCCCAACCCCCCUGAGGUGACGCUUCCACGUCCAGAGCAGGUUCAGGCUCAGGAUCCAACCUUGACUGAGGUCACCGUUCAACCUUUGGACCUGGAGCUUACCAUACGUGCAGAACCCACCAAGGAGAAUGAACCUUCUCCAACCAUGCAGGAGACCCUAACCCAGCCUCCAGUGAGUCAGAGCCAGACAGUUCUAACACCAAAUCAGGGUCAGGCUGAGCAUCCACCGUCAGCCAGUGUCACAGUUAAGCCUGUGCACCAGGAGCCUACCGUAACUCCAGAACCUACCACGGAGGCCGAACAUUCUACAGGCCUGCAGCAGGCUGCAGCUCCCCCUUUAGAACACCCUGAGGCCAUACCUCCACAUCCAGGCCUGACCCAAGUCACAGUUCAACCUGUGGACGUGGAACUUACUCUAACUCCAGGAUCCAGUGUGGAGGCUGAACCUUCUCCAACCGGGCAAGAGACCCCACCUCAGCCUCCAGAGCCAUUGCCUCAGGAGGCGACAGUUCCAAAUCCAAGUAAGGAUCAAGGUCAAGGGCCUACCACCACUCUACGCCCUCCUGCAGAGGCUGGACCUUCUACAGUCCUGCAAGAGACGACAUCUCCCCUGCCAGGAUACCCUGCAGGGACACUUCCUUACCCAGGCCUGACUCAACACACAGCUCCACCUGUUAGCAUAACUUCUCAACCAGGAUCAACUGAGACAAUUCUUCUUCCUUCUACUCAGUCUUCAGUGGUGCAUUCUGCAAAACAUACCCCAGAAAAGGAGCAGUCAGAACAGAAUGCCAUCGACAUAUGUGAGCUCUGUACCUGCAGAAACGAGACGCUGUCGUGUACUGGUCUCAGCCCAAAUCAGAGGCUCCGCAGUGUGCCUGUUCUAGGGCCCAACAGCUACAACCACACCUUCACCGUCUUAGAUUUCCAAGGAAACUCUAUUUCUUACAUUGAUGGGAAUACAUGGAAGGGAUUCCGUUGGGUUGAGAAACUAAUUCUCAGGGAUAAUGCUUUGACGGAGUUACAUAAGGAUUCAUUUGAAGGCUUGCUGUCCCUCCGGUAUUUGGACUUAUCCUGCAAUAAAAUACAGUCUAUUGAGAGACGUACCUUUGAAUCACUACCCUUUUUGCAAUAUGUAAAUCUUGGUUGCAAUUUAAUCACAGAAGUGAGCUUUGGAACGUUUCAGGCCUGGCAUGGAAUGCAGUUUUUACACAAGUUAGUUCUCAGCCGUAAUCCUUUGACAACGGUUGAAGAUUCAUAUCUUUAUAAAUUACCAGCAUUAAGAUAUUUAGACCUGGGAACGACGCAAGUGUCACUUACAACAGUUGAAAGUAUCCUCAUGAUGACCCUUGAGUUGGAGAAACUGAUCUUGCCUAGCCAUAUGGCUUGCUGCCUCUGCCAAUUUAAAAGUAACAUUGAAGUUGUCUGCAAGACAGUCAAGCUGCAUUGUGACAGAUGCCUGAAAAACAGCACACGUUGUGAUAAAGAGACAUCUCUAGGGGAUGUAGAAGGAUCGUUCAUGAAGGUGUUACAAGCCCGGAAGAAGAACACCAGCACCGAGCUGAUGAUUGAACCAGAGAGGCCGUCCUCAGACAAGAGUGGUGUCAGCUUGCCAGCCCUCAUGAAUGAGCAGUUGGACUUUAGUGACGAAAGUGAUGUUAUCAGUGCACUCAAUUACAUCCUGCCGUAUUUCUCAGAGGGAAAUCUAGAAGAUGUGGAAUCAACAUUACUGCCAUUCAUCCAGCUUCUGUUUUCAAAUGUAGCAGAGGCAGACCUCCCACCGGGCCACUUGAAAACCCACACCGGGAACCCUCCUGUUAACCCUGAAUCCGGCACGUCAGGUUAUACAAAUAAAUUGAGGCAACUCCGUUUUCUGGAAAAUUUGUUAGAUGCAGAAAUUCAAGAAAAAAUUGAUGAAGUUGUAAAGAAAGAAAAAACUGCCAUGCUGAUAUAUUCCAACAUCUUAAGUCCAAAACUGAGACGCCAGAUCCUUCGAAAGAAAUUGGAAACCGCCCGAACACAGGCAGAGAGCCUCGAGGAGAUUGAGAGCGUAGACAAAAGGCCGCUGAAGGUGAACAGGGUCCUCAAGGGCCCAAGGGGCAUAAAGAAAAGGCACUUCAGAGCAAUGAGAAGGCAGAGCAUCAGGAGAAAAGAGACCGCCCAGCCAUUUGUAGAGACCACUACCAAAGGAAGCAAGCUCGGGGGGCCCUCUGCCAGGGAACUGGAACAGCUGCGCAUGGUGCAGAGGCCCAGGAAGCGAGUGGCAGACUCCUUGCAAAAAGAGCCUUUAUUCGGAAGGGAACAGGAAGCAGAAGUCUCUUCUUUCCUGAAACAGUACUCGAGGGGCAGGCCUGCUGCCUCUAUCCAUCCAAAAGCCCCAGCAACAGUCAAAAAGACAUCAGAGGACCUAUCGGACACACUUUUUGUUCUGGUAGAUGCCAAUGCGAGAGUCAAGAAUAGGAAGGCUUCUGAGACAAUCUCAUAUCCCAGAAAAAUAGACUCCUUCCAUCCUUCUCACUCUCCUGUGCUUCACAGAACACCUGAGCCCCAAAACAGACAGGCGUUCAGAGACAAAGGCUCAAGGUACAGACUGCUGCUUGCAUUGAGGCCUCUGUCCUCUGCCAUGAGGAGCCUCAUAAACUCCCCUUCGCAAGAGGCUUCCUCACCUUCAGGAGAACUGACUCUUCAGGAAAAGCCUUCUCCAGAAUCCUUUUCUCCUUCAGAACCUUCUACAGAACACAUCUCAGAAAACAAUACUCCACAGGUUGUUUUUGAAGAACUUGCUACUGCUUCAGGCACAACUACUUUGUCGGGCACUCUCCCUGCAAGCACCGCCCAGAGCACUCUUCCUUCAGGAUAUUCUGCUACUCCUGCAGACAACGUUAUGCCCACUGUUCAACAACACACCCACAAAAUACAGUGGGAGUACCACGGUGUGGGCACUGACAUGGCCUCUACGCCCACAAGCUUCAUUGCCCCAGGAGUUCCCUCCCCGGGGACUCAGUUUGAAGCUCAGCUGAACCAGCAGCUGCAGUCCCUCAUCCCCAACAAUGACGUGAGGCAGCUUAUUUCGCAUGUUAUCCGGACGUUGAAGAUGGACUGCUCCGAGCCCCAAGUGCAGCUGGCCUGUGCCAAGCUCAUCUCCAGGACAGGCCUCCUGAUGAAGCUUCUCAGUGAGCAGCAAGAAGCCAAGGCGUCCAAGGCAGAAUGGGAUACGGACCAGUGGAAAACCGAGAACUACAUCAACGAGAACACAGAAGCCCAGGGGGAACAGAAGGAGUCGAGUGAGCUCACAAAAGAUGUUCCAGGAUAUGGCUAUAAUAACAAACUCAUCUUGACAAUAUCUGUGGCUGUAGUGGUGAUGCUUUUGAUUGUAAUUUUAUGUCUCAUCGAGGUUUAUUCUCGAAGGAGAACAUUACGGGAAGGGAAAGUAGGCCGCAAAAGGGGCUUUUUUGGAUUUCUGCUGCGUAAGAGACGCUCAGGAGAAAGCGAGAGCGAGGGGUUUUUCUGGAGAAGGCGGCCACUCUGGCUUCGGGAUACGUACAGACCUCUCAGUGCUACACGCAAGAAAAACAUGGCAGAGAAGCUGCACGAUAAGGAGUCUUCUGAUGAGGAAGAGAUCUUCAACACGGGUGCAGGGGAGGUCAGUGAAGCCCCGGCAGAUGUGAUUCUGACCAUAGAAUCGGAUGUGGAAGACCUGGGGGAGGAGACUGACACGGCACCCGAGGGUCCUCCCGAGUGAGCCCUUUCCUGGCUCAGGCCACCUGCAGAGUAUAACCCUCGAUUCUGGGAAUCGCUUUUAAAAUAUACAUUGAUAAGCAAUUCUGGCCAUGUGGUGAGGAAUUAAAAUGUAAACAGCUGAA